CUCUGCUUUCCACUCGCGACUCACCUGCUUCUUACACCAUAAUGCAAAUGUAGGCGAAAUGCUUCAUCUCUCAGAUAUAUAAGAGCAUAUAUUUGCCCUCGAAGUUGAUUUAUAUACACUACAAUCGUGGCUUUUUUUUCCUGCUGAUUAUUAUCUGCGAUAAAUUCAAACUCAAUACCGUGCCCUUUAUCGUUCUACUUCUACAUUGUUUGGCAAUGUCGCGCCGAGCAUGGAACAGUGUGGUGGAGGCGAUCACUGGUCGGGGCUCCAAGAUCUGGGAGAAACUUGCUAGACCGACAGUCGGGAGAGGCAAAACUCAAUGGCCGAAAUCCGCAAGUGAUUUGGAAAACCACGGUGUCCGUUUUGACUAUGAUGGUACCAUUGAAGAGAAUGGACUUGUGUACCACAAGUUCCAGGUGCAGGCCAAUGCCGGAAAGAUUCCCAGUUCGUGGAAAGACUGGAGGGAUAAGCAUGGGGGGACUCAUGCCGUCAUUGGGACCGUUAAAAUCAAGCAAGAUGCAACAAAGGACGAUGUUGAUGAGGCACUCAAGUCACUUGAGGAACAGCUUUAAUCAGAGUAUUCUUGUACUUUUACAGAAUAUCAUCCCUUAUUAUCCUCGCCAUUGUCGGAGAUUUAGGAUUUGGCAACUUGUGGGGUCCCGACUGAAAACGGGAUCCGAGAAUUUUGAUGUGGGGUUGGUAUGAUUGGUAUCUGAAUGUAUCCACUCUUUGGCAUAGCCUUCUCACUACUUUUGGGAUUAUGUGAGUUCUUUUAUUUCUCAGUGUAACGAUACAUCAUGCGUAAAACAUGGAGACAAAACGGCUCGAGGCCGACAAGAG